AAACGAUUCACUCCAUCUGGAUUUGUCACGCCCCAUAAGAAUAACGACGACGAAAAAGAAAUACUAUACGAAUUCGAGUGCCCCGCAUCCGGAAGUCUUCGUAUCGCCACUUGAACCGAUAUCUCAAACCACAGCCAGCGGCAACUUGUUGAUUCCUUGUUGCCUGCGCACUACAUCGCCAUCUCCCCCGACUACUCCCACAUAAACACCACAUCCAAGAUGGUCACCCUUACCGAGGUCGAGGACGAGCACUUCCAGCACGCCCACGCUGUUGAACUCGAGGACGACGACUUUACCGAUACCGAAUCCGAAAUCUCCAACGAGUCCGACUUUGACCCCUCAGAAGAGACGCUCGCCGAGCGCCUGUACGCCCUCCGCGACAUCAUCCCGCCCACGACCCGCGGCUGGGUCUCGAGCCGCGUCAACGCCGUCGCCGGCGCCGCCUGGAGCGCGCUGUCCUUUGGCGGCAAGAGCGCCUGGGUCAUCACCACGUCGGCGCUCUUCCUGGGCGUGCCGUUUGCGCUGUCGUUUGCCGAGGACCAGCAGCUGACGGCCAUGGAGCAGGAGUACAACAUGCGCCAGACGGGCAGCGAGCUGCUGACUGCGGGCGCGGAGCCGAGCACGGCGGAGCAGGUGGGCGCGGCGCUGGGGUCUGAGCAGGCCAAGGCGGCGCUGUGA